AUGCUAUGCCUAAAGUCAAAAUUUGCUGCUGCUGCCACUCUUAACUCGUUCCGAUUCAUUCAAUUCAUUUACCUAUCAUUAAUAUUAUUAUUGUUACUGAAUAAGAGUGGAGUUGAAGCAGCAGCAGCAGCAGCAGCAUUAACUGCAUCUUCUGAAGUUCUUGCCAAGCCACCACCACCACCACUAAUUAAUGUGUUUGAUAUGGCUGAAGCCACUGUAACAAUCCCAAGCAAUUUCCCUACACAUCAUGCGCUACCGUUUCGUUCACCCAUCAUUCUCGCGACAUCAGCAGCAGAAGGAGCAGCAGAUGAGGUGUUUCUGGUGCGUAUACGUCAAAGUGAAUUAUCGAAUGCGUUUUCACUGUCUAAGCCUAAGUUGCAUGCUGGUGAGCAGUUCGACGUUAUAUUGGACAAUUCCGAUACGAUCAAGAAUAUCGAUCAUAUCAAACUGCAUAUUGAAGCAGAACCCUGGGAAGCGGUUAGGAAUUCAUCGAAUGAUCGUGAUCAUGCGUCGUUGAUCAGCUCAACAAGGCAUGACGGCGGUGGUGGUGGUGCUUUCGAGUUGUUUAUUCAUGUGGCAAAAGAGUGGCCAAAGGAGAUUUUCGAUCGCCCAGAAUACCGUUUCGAUGUGGAUCUAUCAAAUGAUUACUCGCACUCGCCGCAGCAAAUCGGCUCAAUUCGGUUGAUCAACGGAGCGACUGUCGAUCGAAUGCGUUUCUCACUAUUCGGCGCUCAAUCAAAAUACUUCACACUACGACCGAACCAAGUGGACAAUACAGUUGAUGUGCUUUGGAUGAAUAGCAGUUUGGAUGAUGAUGAGUGUGUUGUGGUGGCUUCACCUCCUACUAGUAGUAUUAGUUCGUCAGUUCGAGUUGGGAAUGAUUUAGAAUGCUUAAGAAACCAACAGCGGCUGCGGCUGCUCAUUUCUCGUGCACUGGCGUCGUCGUCGUCGUCGUCGCCGUCGUCGCCCAAAAUCACACUUUUGGUUCGUGCCCAAGAUGAGAGUAUGAGCAAGAACAGGGCGGCGGCCAUCUCAUCCUCAUCAACGACGACGACGUGGUCGUCGUCGUCGUCUCUAAACUGGCCGCCAGCUUUCGAUGUAGCCGUGAACAUUGCAUUUACAAAUCCAGCAGCACCAGCAGCAGCUAGACUGUUGCAUAAUGGAGCACCGAAAUUUGUGAAUGCAGUGCAGUCGUUACGUUUACGUGAGAAAUCCACUCUAGAUCCAAAUCAUCUGGUGAUUAUGGAUGCUUUGGCUUGGUCACCAGUUGCCGCAGCACCUGCAGAUGAACUUAACAGCAGAUUAACAGCCGAUCAUGCGACCACUGAUACGAGUGGCCAACCGUCACAUUUACGUUUCAACCUCAACGAUCAUCAGUCGGUGUUCGAUAUUGAUCCAGAAUGUGCCGUGCUCAGCGUUAUUAAUGCACAAGAGAUGAGCAUCGAAAAUUUCGGUGAACACUUCAAUGUGAGCGUUCAAGUGACCGAUCAAACAAGCGGUCAACACGACACGGCC